AAUCCGGGCCCGAGACUGCUCGCUAAGCCGCCCCACACGUCGCACUCCCAAUUUUGCAACCCCAUCGAGACACAAGAAUCGCUCCAUCACCAAACCACUUCCACCUCUCGUUCAUCAAAAUCAUCCAACAUGGGUAAGGUUCACGGCUCUCUCGCCCGUGCCGGUAAGGUCAAGGCUGCCACUCCUAAGGUCGAGCCCCAGGAGAAGAAGAAGAACCCCAAGGGUCGCGCCUACAAGCGUGUGCUCUACACUCGCCGUUUCGUCAACGUUACCAUGACCGGUGGCAAGCGCAAGAUGAACCCCAACCCCGGCCAAUAAACUAUUCAAGUCGUUGAAAAAACCAACCGCACCGCGAUCGGCUAGUCGAGUUACACGAUGUUGAGACAAAUAUUCGCAUGACCGCGACACGACCACGGCCCAAACGAACGAGAGCAACCAGAUUACGGCUGGUACUUGGACGGAUGAUAUCAUGCUUCGUUUUCGCUUGAAUUUCUUUUUUUGCUGGUAACGCACGGGUUAUGGAGGGUUGAAUCACGGAAAUUGUUGAAUACACAUGGCGGUCUGAGGAUGGAAGGCUGUGGCUCGGUGUGUGGGCUGUCUACGGAUAGUUCUCGCAUGCCAGACUUCAAAGUCACUUUCGACUCGUUACAUAGGCUGUUCCAUGAAUGAAUUUCCAAUCCAGGAAUGGACACUUCUUCUACUUUUGUUUCGGAUUUUCGGUCUGAAAGUUAGGAUCUGGGAUACGGGGCUGGCUUUGAAUGCC